UCUCUUUCGAUUGUGGCAAUUCUCGUUUUCACGAUAUGUUCAAGUUCAACUCCAAUGUUUCGGUUUGCAGUUUGAGUUUGUUUCCUCUUGGGUAUCAUGGGAGGAAAGGUGAAGUAGUAUCAAGAGGUACAACCAUACACGUUAACGCGAUGUCGCAGUCAGAAGGUGGUCCGUCGGGCUCGAAGGGGGUAGAGAUGAGUCGCGCUGCUGCUGCCGAAAAUGAUAAAGCAUCUUCAAGUAGCGGCCCAAGUUGUAAAAAGCCGCUGCUGGAACGCGCAUCGAAGAUGCUCUUCGGGCUGUUUUGCUUUGCGGCGCUUUCCCUGCAGAACGCGUCCAUCGUGCUACUGACCAGGUGGCUGAAAAUCAACAAGCCCGAACUAGUGACACCAAAGGACGACACUCUGAUUGUCGUCGGUGCCGAGCUGUUGAAGUGCGUGACGAGCUUAAUUACCGUGUUUGGCUUAGUGAUGCUGGGCGACGAUAGAGAUUAUUCAGAUGCGCUGAGGAAAAAGACGGACGGGGAAAAAAAUAGAAGUACUUCUGCAGAGGCUACAGCUGGCGCGGCUCCUGCUGCUGCACCAGCACAAAUUGAUUCAAUAGUAUCACCAACUUCUUCACAAAGCACCUCCUGUUCGACACUUACCACUGAAGCGGGCAGCACCAUUAGCAUAAGAAAGCUUCGAUAUCAGCGGCUAGUUCAGCGGGAGCUCUUCAAUUUCAAAGAGUUUGCGCACAUGGGGAUACCAGCAUGUAUUGAACAAUGGCGUGAACAAUUUUUUCUGAUUGAUGUCCGAUGUUUAAGUUUGGAAUGAAGUGAUUUCUUUGUCACGUCCACGAAAACGCCCAACAUUGGCCUAUACUCAAUACAGGUAUCUAUCUUUUCCAGAACAAGCUGAUUUUCCUUUCCUACGGGAAGCUCCCGUCGCCGAUAUUCCAAGUCACGUACCAAUCAAAAAUCCUCACCGCCGCCCUUAUGGCGAAAAUCUUGAUGCGCAAGGUCUUCACCUGGCGGAAAUGGAUAGCGUUGGUUCUCCUCAUGACGGGCAUCACCAUCGUGCAGGUCGACGGCCACGCCUUCAUCCAGUCACUGAGCGCGCAGGACCGCAGCGCCGUGGACUUCUCGGUUGGCUUGCUCGCAGCCUUGGGCGCAGUGUUUUGCAGCGGCUUGGGCGGGGUGUAUUUUGAGAUGGUGUUAAAAAGGGGACAGGUAUAAAUGAAAUAUGUCAAACGAUGGACGAGGACUUCUUCCCCCCACCCCGUAGGUACACAGAUGCUAUUAGUUUAGCUUUUGAUUGAAGAUGAAGAACACGCAAGAUUUAUUACCGUGCGCGUGGCAGCACGACCAAUUUCUGCUCUGUGUUGCGUUCAUCUCCACGACGGCUUGCGAAACAAAUAAGCCUUUAAAAUGUUAACAGGUGAACCUCUGGGUCCGCAAUGUGCAUCUUUCCCUCGUAAGCGUCAUAGUGGGGGUCGGCAGCGCCGUGAUGCCGCGAGUCGUCACUUUUGACGAGGAGGUAGUUUCACUGCUCCCUGACUUCAGCCUCUUCGACACAAGCGCGGCACCCCCGGUGUUGUUUUUGUCCCUCCUGACAAUCCCCGCAAACACGCUUGCAAUGGUGCGCAGUUACAUCCCGACGGAGGUGAGGGUUGCGGGUUUUCUGUCAGAAACGAUAGACGUCACGCAGGAUUUUCUAACCCGACUACAGCACGCGGACCCGCUGGUCUGGGGUGUGAUCCUCCUCCAUUGCUACGGGGGAUUGUUAGUCAGCUUGCUGAUCAAGUACACGGACAACAUUGUGAAGGCGUUUGCCGCGGCAAUCGCGAUUUUAAUCGCGUCCCUGGCGUCGCUGGUGUUGUUUCCGGACUUCCAACUUUCGCCGGGGUUCAUGGUCGGGUUCUCGCUGGUCGCAUACGCGGUCUACAUGUACUCGAAUUGAGAAUGGCGCUGCGUCCUUCGAUGUCGGGGAGGAUAGAACUCUGCAUUUUUGCCGGGAAAGACCCUCUGCCGCAUUCGCUUUGGGUGCACGAGGACAACGCAUCGCCCACGUCGGGCUGGGGCGGCGUCGAGCGUGGAAAAAAGGCGAGCAUUGAUACUGGAGCAAGGCUAUGUAUUAAGUACACUGGCGGAGAUUCUCUUUACUAAAUCUAUCUAAACAUCGAACUGCAACAGCACUGAAGGCACAGUGAUGCAACGACGCAACAAAUACAAUGAGCAAGUCCACCGUAGGGCACGGACUGCUGGCUUUCUUUGAAGUGGCGGAGGGCAAGAGACAACUCUCGCGAAAGACCACAGUGGAGUAUCGCUGUUCGCAUUCUGG